ACCGCAACCCAAGUCCUAACUCCUCUCUCUCUCUCUCUCUGUAUGCGUGCGUAACUGCGUAUACCGUGCAAUAUGUGCCUCAGGCAUGCGGUGGAUUUCCUUUUGCUGCUUCAUUAUUAGGAAAAAUCUAAGGGUUUUAAGCUCUAUAAGCCGACUUUUCUCUUUAGUCGACGGAGAAUUCGCUGCAUGAUGGCUGCAGCAUGAUUUAUUAAGGGGUUGAGAAUCGAACACGACAAGAUUAUUGGAUAACAAAGGUCAACGAAAAGGGCAACAACAUUUGUGAAAUUUGACUACAGGUAAUGGCAGCUAUUUCAUCGUCCCAUGAUCAGGUGGAGGAUGACGAAGUGUAUGUGUUGCUUGAUUUGGAUGGUGUUUCUGGGCAAGUCCAUAUUCCACCAAAUGCACCAUAUGUUCUAUCUGGUCUUGACACCUUAAACCCAAUUUUGGUUAUCGACAAUAAAGUAAAGCUGAUUGGAGAAUACGAAGAAACAAUUGGAACAUGCUUUGUUUUCACUGAAGGCGAAUCUGCUCCUGUGGUACAUGAAGAGACUGGAACAUCUGAAGCUAACCUUUUCUCGGGGAAAUUCAUAAUAGACCAGACGCUACCUCCAGCCAAAGAAGUGAAUCCAGUGGCCCGCCUCCAUAAGAUUCUGAAGUUCAGAUUAUUACCAGAAACUGAUAUCGAAGGUAUAACAGCAGAACCGACCACAGAGAAUGGAUAACACAGUCAAUAUAAGCAUGGUGGUUCUCUCAUUUCACGGAGGAGGAAGUUGACGGGAGGAAAACAGCUACCAGCGGUCAAAGCGGUAAACAGGUUUUUUGUGGAAAUUUGACAUUCUAUGCUCCUGUAAGGCUGUAAUGAUCAAGUGCUUCAUUUUCAUGUGUACUGAUUGUGUGCAAUUAUCAAGCUAUGAUCAAGUGAGAUUUGAGACCAA